UAGAUUUGACCUCAAGUAACCUUUGUGAGCGCCAAACACAAACCGCCAUUUUGUUUCGACAAGUCUGAAUUUUUUAACGACUCAAAAUUCAACUCGUUCACGCGAUUUAUCUUUCAUAAGAGAUCCGAUAAUGGAUGACAAUGUCCUGAGGAAACUGUUGUGUAGAUUUAAGCUGCCAGAUUUGCGGCAGGCCCUGGAAGAGUGGGACUGUGUGGCAGUGGAUGGGGAGGUGUUUGUGGGAGGGAGGCAGAAGAGAGUUGUUGUUGAUCGGGUACUCAGAGCUUGUCAGCUUCAGGGAGAGGAAAUAGGACUGGAACAGCUUGGAGCACUGGAUCUUGUGUAUAACAAGAUGUAUUCAAGGAACAGAGUAUGGAAUGCAUACCAUUUCACUGGUCACAAAAAAAAACAGGAUGACUGUACUGUUUCUGCAGAUGUAUUUCAAAGAUCACUGGGGAAGCAGCUGUUCUUCUAUUUUAGACAUAUCCUGUGUGUGAGACAGUACAGUGAUGCCCUGUGGGUGUGGCUGAUGGUACAGGAGAAGGUCGGUAGUGUGUGGACACCCAGUAACAUCGUACACAUGGUGUACUAUCCUGCCUCUCCGCACAUCUUCACUUCCACCAUGAAAGCUGAGUACAAGGAAUACAUCAAACAGGCUUUGCUGCUGACCCUUGGGUACAGUAAGGCCCAGUUUAUGGACCUGUCAGGGAGGGAUGUGGAGUCUCUGGCAGAACUGGCUAAACGCAGGCAUGGCCAGAAGGACUCCAGCAAGGGCAGACACAACCAGGAAGAUGUCAGCCCAGAGUCUCAGACGAGCAGAAAGAGGAAGAAGCAAGGUGAAGAGUCAGAGAAUGAAGAUGUCAUACAGGAAGAUGCAGAGGACAGACAGUGGAGGGAAGACUACACAAGGGAGACAUAUGGGGAUGAGCCACAGCCCACACUGGAGAAUGUAGUGUACAAGUUGCAUGCAAGCUUCGAACAUGGAGGGGUAGCACCAGGCAUGGACGACCAGCCUUUCCACAUGACAGUCAAAUUCUCAGGCAGCAAUGUGUUAGAAGGUAUGAAGGCCCUGGGCCCAGCGGGGAUAGCUGAACCACCUUUCCCCUCAUACCUGGAGUCACUUCCACACAUCGGCAAGAACACCAUCCUUCUGGCGGAGAAGAGAAAACCAGAAGAUGGUGAUGAUAGUGGCAAAAACUGAUAUGAAUAAGAAAGUCUUCACAUGUUUAAGAUACAUCUGUACAUUUAAACUAUAAGGCAUAGGAUGAUUACGGUUGUGGAGCUCUGCUAAACCAAACUUACGUUUCCACUUAUGUUAGCCAAUCAGA